AACCGCGAGAAUGAAUUACCGCGAGGCGAGAAUCGCGUCGUUAGAGCAGGUGGCUCUCGUUGAAAUACGAGCAGGGAAAGGAGGUGGUAUAUUUUUCGUAUGGCGAAAAUGCCAUGGCCUCGCCUCUUUAUGUUACCACGAGCGAAUUAAAACAGCGCCGCGUCGUGUUUUCACGUGUCGCAGGCGGAAUUUUAAUUAAGCGCGAACCGAUGAAAUUUAGUUACGCCAAACGUACGAUUUCGAGCGGACGUGGCGCGCGCUAAAGCAAACAGAGAAGAAAGAAAAGUGGAAUACGAGGAACAACGUGAGAUAUUUCAGGCUGUCGGUGAGCGAUCGAGUGAUUUGCAUUUCCAGCAAACGAUGGAUCGUUUAUUAUUCAAAAGUAACGUAUCUUCUGAGCCGAUACAUCUUAAUAUAUCCAGCAAUAAUAUUUAGAAGUAUAUAUGGAGCAAGGAAUAAGCGAGAUAAGGACACCGGAAUCAUCGCGAUAGCGGUAGAUAAAGCGAUAACCUGGUUUCUGCCAAAAAUAUAUAUAACAGGACGAAAUCGCGGGUCGAGAGUCGAGUUUUGUACAUCGAUUGACGAAAUGCGUCAAUUCCGUGGAAUUCUACUGUUGGUUUUCGGGCUCCUGGCCGUGGGAUCGACGAGCUCCCAGUUGGUGGACAAACAAUGGUGGGAAACCGCUUUGGUCUAUCAAAUCUGGCCGAGAGGAUUUCAGGAUAGCGAUGGAGAUGGCGAGGGUGACUUGAAGGGUAUAACCAACCGGCUGGAUUAUUUACAAGAGCUUGGAGUCGACGCAAUUUGGCUGAACCCUAUCUACUCAUCACCACUGAAAGAUUCUGGAUACGAUAUUUCUAAUUAUACCGAGAUAAAUCCACUGUUUGGUAAUCUCCAGUUCUUUGACGAGUUCGUACAACAAGCACAUAAACGUGACCUGAAGGUCAUUUUGGACAUAGUACCAAAUCAUUCAAGCGAUCAACAUAAAUGGUUUCUGCUGUCAAGUCAAAAUGACGAGCGAUACAGUGACUACUACAUUUGGGCAAACAGUUCCAAAGAUCAAAAUGGCAACAAGAUACCACCUAAUAACUGGAUAAGCACCUAUAGUGACAAAGAGGGAUCAGCAUGGACGUGGCACGAUACAAGGCAGCAAUGGUAUUACCAUAAAUUUCACAAAUCUCAACCUGACCUCAAUUUGAGAAAUAAAAAUGUGAUACAAGAAUUAUUGGAUGUGUUCAACUUUUGGCUGAAGAGAAAAGUUGAUGGUUUUCGAAUCGGCGCAGUGUCGUAUCUUUAUGAGGAUAAGGAUUUAAAAGACGAGCCUGUUAUAGGGAAUGGAGCCUACACAUCUGGUCUGCCAGAGAGCACAGAUCUUGUAUACAAGUUUCGUUCAUAUAUUGAUAAUUGGGUAAAAGAGAAUAAUGCUCCUUCAAAAUUAUUAAUUGCAGAGUCUUAUGACUCUGAUGAAGUGUUGAUAUCGCUUUAUGGUAAUGCUACGCACAAUGGAAUUCCACCCUUUAAUUUCCGGUUUAUUACUUCUGUCCAGAAUACAAGCACUGCUGAACAUAUUAAAAAUGUACUGGAAGACUGGUUUAAGAAACUUCCAAACAAAACAGACACAAAUUGGGUGCUUUCCAAUCAUGAUACUUCAAGAGCAGCCUCAAGAAUUGGAUUGAAUCGCGUCGAUGGACUUCAUAUGCUUAGUCUACUGUUACCUGGUCAAGCAUAUACUUACUAUGGAGAAGAGAUUGGAAUGUUAGACAGGAAGAUGUCAUGGAAUGAAACAAUCGACCCUAUGGGUUGUUCGAGGCCAAAGGAAAUAUUAGGAAAUUAUUCCAGAGAUCCUGCAAGAACACCAAUGCAAUGGGACUCUAGUACAUCAGCAGGAUUUUCAUCUAAUAAAAUUACAUAUCUUCCUGUUCAUCCAGAUUAUACAGGAAGAAACGUCAAAGCACAGCUAAAAAGUUCACAGAGCAAUUUGAAGACAUAUAAAUCACUUGCUACUCUUAGAAAAGAUAAAGUAUUCACUCAUGGAAAUUAUGAAUUUGCAACCUUAAACAAUGACCGUAUAUUUGUCUUUAAAAGAUCUUUAGCAAACAAUCCUACAUAUAUCAUUGUUAUUAACUUGGGUCUACGACAAGAAACAGUUAAUCUAACGUCGAUGUAUCCGAACUUAAACGAUCCGGUAGAAAUUGUUAUCGCAUCCAGUAAUGCAGUUAACAUUACGUCAAAUAUUUCGGCACAAAAUGUUAUACUCACGGCAAAUGCAGCAUUUGUUCUGAAAGCUGAGGAUAUAUGCAAUUGUGAAUCAUCUACAGAAGCCGGAGGAACCAGUACAACUCCUUCGACUCCUGAAAGUACAACAGAGAAAAAUUCUGCCGUUAUUUCCUCUUCAGUAACAUGGUUAAUAACAAGUAUAAGCAUCGCAGUAGUGUUAUUGAAUAUUUUAACGUUUCAUUGAGCCAAAUUUUGUAGAAUAAAAAUUUUAGUUAUGAA